AUGCCAAGAGUCCUCCAUGACCUUCAGGAGGGAAUCUGUCCGCUAUGUGGGUAUGGCAGCCUGUACCGAGCUGGUUCCUGGGGGAUAGACAUUGUGAGGACUCUGUCAGCUAACGAUCAUUUUCUGAACUAUGCAAUUCUCUCUAUCUUUCCCCCUCGCAACCCCGUCUUCUAUGUCUCCAUAUUCAUCUGUCUGUCUCUAUCUGUGGUUGGCGGAAGCUUUGUUGUGGUUACAACGCCGAAAACCUACAGCCCUGACAGCAAAACAAGUUUGGAAGAUUCUUUAAUCUCAACGGGAAAACAAAAGCCCUACCACCCUGACAACCAGUCGGCUGUAACACGACGCACGACAAAUAUCUUGUACAGUCUGUAUGGAAUAGCGGACAGAAGGACGGAGAAUAUGACGAGUGUGUCUGCCUCGGCCGCCGUGACCCCCCCUGUCCUCUACACUCCCAUGAACAGCACCGAUGUGUACAUCCCGUACGGCAUCAACGGCUCCCUUUAUGUCAAUACCACCUCCCCAAAUGGCACAGACCUGUUCGGGAACAUCACAAAUACCACCCUAGCGCCACCAGAGGACGAGCAACCUCCCAUCCCGUACCAACAAUGGGAACAAAUCAUCGUGGCCGUCAUUCUUGGCGCUCUAAUCAUCUGCACCAUUAUCGGAAACUGUCUGGUGUGUAUAUCCGUUGCCAUAGUGAAGCGGUUACAGUCGCCGUCCAACCUGCUGAUCGUGUCCCUGGCCGUGGCGGAUCUGUUCGUCGGGAUGACCGUCAUGCCGUUCGCCGCGGUGCGCCAGCUGUACGGCUCCUGGAUUCUGGGUACCAUCGUCUGUGACAUCUGGACCACCACGGACGUACUGCUGUGUACCUCCUCCAUCCUCAACCUGUGUGCCAUCAGCGUGGACCGCUACUUCGUCAUCACUCGACCCUUCCAGUACGCCAUGAAGCGGACGCCCAAGCGGAUGGGUCUGAUGGUGUUCAUCGUGUGGACGGUGUCCGCAGUCGUGUCCAUCCCGCCUGUCUUCGGCUGGAAGAGUCCGCACAAGCCCUACGACUGUAUCAUCAGCGAUGAUAUUGGAUAUCAGAUCUAUGCAACCCUAUGUGCCUUCUACCUUCCGCUAAUCGUCAUGAUCUGCGUCUACUUUAAAAUAUGGCGGGUGUCCUCCAAAAUCGCAAAAGCUGAGGCGAAAUCCAAGAUCGGGAGCUUCGACAAAGGCGCGGAGUUCCAGCUUGGUCGUCCGUCGCACGACUCAGGAGACAGUAGCGUCAUGCCCAACGGAUGCCUCAGAGACGGGGUUACCAACGGCGGGGGUGGAGAUGACGACGGAUCAAUAGAAAUCUUACCAAAGAAACUGGAGCCGGAGAAAUCUAGCCGGCGUCGAUUCACGAUCCGCUCUCUGAUUCCGAGACAACCCAAGCUGAGCAACACUAAGGAGAGGAAGGCCACCAAGACGCUGGGUAUCAUCAUGGGCUGCUUCACGCUGUGCUGGCUGCCCUUCUUCAUCCUCGUGCUCGUCAGUACAUUCUGCAGAGAAUGUCAAGUCCCCAUGGAACUCGCCAGUGUUCUAAACUGGCUGGGAUACGCCAAUUCUUUCCUAAAUCCUGUGAUAUAUGCACGUUUCAACCGGGAGUUUCGGACUCCGUUCAAAGAAAUCCUCCUGCUGCGCUGCCGUGGGAUUAACACUCGCAUGCGCUCUGAGAGCUACGUGGAGCAGUACGGUCCUGUGGUUUCCCACCGGGACAGUCUACGUCCACCGACAGACUCUGUUGUUCGUUACAACAGCCAGGGGCAAACUGUCGUAGCUCUUGGCAAUGCUAACAUAAUUUGGUUUCAGAUGUCAUAUUUGUUUCAAUACAGAAAGAAAAUCCAAAAUAUUCGUCAGAGAAGCAAUAACUGUUUUUUAAAAGAAAGCUGCUCAUACCAAUAUAUUUAUACAUGUACCACAUGGUUUUCAUUAACUGUCUGAUAUCAUUUUCAAGCAAUGAAUGCAUUUUAAGAAAAAAAAUCUGCCGUCUUUUUAUUUGCUUGCACUGCUUCCUUGUUUCUGAUCAUCAAUUGUGUUUCAUCAUAGUUCCGUGUGUGUUAUUGUCCAAGUGGUUGCAAUGUUUAAUAGACAGCCUAUGGUGCUCUUUGCUGAUCAUUGACUGUUGAUAUUCCGCCUCUCGUGUGUGUGUGUGUGUGUGUAUGUGUGUGUGUGUGUGUAAGUGUGUGUAUUUGUGUGUGUGUGUGUGUGUGUGUGCGUGUGUAAGUCUGUAUGUGUGUGUGUGUGUGUGUGUGUCCUAUAGCUAACAAUUAAAUCGCUCUGUCUGUCCAUAGCAUUAUUUUGAUAUAGUAUAGGUCUUUAGUGAGGAUUGUAUUUGUCAAUAUGCCGACUAACUGCAACGUUUAGAGAGAACCCUGAGUGCAUAACUGAUAUUCAGUCAGUUGUGUACGGUGGAAGAUGAAAGCAGGUCUUAAAUUUGUCCUCUGAGGUCGCCUGUGCAUCGUUUAACAAUUAUUCUUCUCAACUCUAUUAGUUAGUGUAGCGUAUCUUUAUACCCUUUCAAAUAAUCAAUUUGCUGCCCAAAACUUUUCUUUUGAAUUAAUUGUUCAGAUUUCUGAAGAUUGCUUCCUGCACGUUCAUGAAGAUUUGACAGUCCUUGUUUUUGUGGGCUUCGCUUUGAACAUGAACCGUUUCGAGUCUUGAUACGAGCUGAAGAGAACGGGAUCCAAGCGAAGACAUGUCAUAGAAAGGAGUAGGGGUGCUAGAUUGAAUUUUAUUGAGACCGGUAGAGAAAAGGAGAGAGAGAGAGAGAGAGAGAGAGAGAGAGAGAGAGAGAGAGAGAGAGAGAGAGAGAGAGAGAGAGUGGUUGAGAAAGGGAGAGAUACAGAGAGAGAGAGAGGGGGGAGAAAGAGAAAGAGAGAGAAAGAGAGAGGGGAGAGAGAGGGUGGAAGGGAAGGAGCAUAACAGAGGUAUUAGCAGGUUUCAAGGAGUAGUACUUUACUUUGAAAACACAAGAUUCUUAUAGUCCAAAGUUUUGAAUAUAAAUUUAGCAACCCUUAUGGAAAUAUUCUGCUCAAAAUAAUUCACUACAUCGAUCCGUUUAUCGUAUUUGAUUUAUAUUUCUCAUAAUUAAUGGCUCUAGGUUUUAAUGUACUACUUCAGAAUGUUUAGUGUAUGCUGAACUGAAAAAAAGCACAAUUGUGACAAUUUUGUUUUAUUUCACUAGAGAAAACAACUUAUAGAUUACAGUAAAUAAUAAUCUUUACUUCCCCAUUUGAAAAAGUGUCCUGGGUCUAAGACCUAGUUUUGCUUGCAAUACGUAACAGUUUUUAUUAAUAACACACUACAGAAACUUUCUAUCUGAAAUACCAUUAUGCUAGAAAAUGUCCCUAGAAUUGUGAGAAUGUUAUGAUCAAUACGUGCGAUGGUCAUUAGAGGACACAUUUUAAUGAUGUUUGAAUGUUGUCAUAACCGUUCCUAAACUCCUCCCAAUUUCAAAAUCUUAGAGCGAAUGCUCACUCACAUAAACAAUACUCGUUGGAAAAGCAGUGCAGAAACGGUUUAUUCCCUCUCCGGCAUCAGUACAAAUUCUAAAGUCGUGUUCUGUUUAGGACAUUAUGGUGACAGUUUGUAGAACCAUUACAGUUUUAAUUACAUUGAGCUGUUGGGUUCUUUAAUCACAAUUCAAUUACUGGGCUAUUUAUAAUUGCGUUUUGGUCACUGAGGAGAACUUUACCAUUUUUCCCUUCUCGCAAGUCCUUAUUGUAGACAGAUAAUAUGUUGGGUUUUUUUCGUUAAUACCACGUUGUUGAAAGCGACGUGAAAGUAAAAAAAGCAAGAUCAUUCAAAUGUAUCAGGUCAUCUGCCUCCGAUGAACCCAGCUCCUGGUUGAAUAACACGCUUAUUAAUGCCAGAUUGAAAUGUACUUGUGGCAGUAGUAUGAAUUGUUGCUUUUUUGUUUUAUCGAUGUUGAUAACUUGAGUAUUUGUCUGUCUGCUUUAUCCAUUCUUUGGUUAUUUGUUGAAAGGUGGUGAUAAUAAUUUCAUUUUUAGUUUGUUAUAAAUGUUUUAAAUUGCCAAAAUAUACCUUACAUUGAUUUGAAC